CAAACCAAAAGACAAAGCCAACUCAUUCAAGUCUUCCAAAGUCUUCAUCUCUGUUGCUUCACUCGUCAAAAAGAGUGAACCCGGCCAUAUUCAUCGAAAAUCUCUCUCUCUCUUUUUCUCUCUCUCUCUACACAUCCAGAGGAGAUAGCUAUGAACCCAUAUCUGCAAUUCACUUGUUUCUUCUGCAAAAAAAAUGACGAAAUGAGCUGAAUUCUGUCAGUGGCUGCUGCUUUGGAGACUAUGGGUAGAUUCCAUUCCAUUACUUCAUUCUGUUUUUAUCUCCUCCUUGCGUUUGAACUUUGCAUAGCCGGUACUCAAUACAUUGGGCAGAUUCCUCCGGGGUUUGGAGGGUCUCAGAUGAACUGGAUUGACAAAGAAGGAUGGUUUUUGCUAUCUAACAACUCGAUAUUCGCUUUGGGCUUCUUCCCUGGUUUGGAGGAAGAAUCGUUUGUACUAGUUGUCAAGCAUUUGAGCAGUUAUAGAGAUGUUUGGACCGCCAAUAGACAGUUGUUGGUUAGAAAAAGUGACAAGUUUGUCUUUGAUGAAAAUGGAAAUGUUUACUUGCAAAAUGCAACAGGCGUGGUUUGGUCUACAGAUACAGCAGGAAAAGGAGUUACAGCUAUGGAAUUGUGGGACUCGGGGAAUUUAGUAGUGCUUGGCCGUGGCAGAGAAAUUCUUUGGCAGAGUUUUAGCCAUCCUACUGACACCCUUUUAUCUGGCCAGGAAUUUAUUGAAGGGAUGAGACUUAAAAGUUUUCCCUACCACACUAACUUGUUUCAUUUUCUUGAAUUCAAGUCAGGUGAUUUGGUUUUGUAUGCAGGAUAUCGAACUGCACAACUGUAUUGGUCCAUGACAAAUGAUACCCGGAAAACCGUAUACAAAACAAAUGGCAAAGUAUCCUCUGCAUCUCUAGUUGCCAAUUCAUGGAAUUUUUAUGACCAAAGCAGAACGUUAGUUUGGCAGUUUAACUUCACCGAACAAAACGAGCAGAAUUCCACAUGGGCUGCCGUUUUAGGCACAGAUGGGACAAUCUCGUUCUUUGAUCUUCAAAAGGGAAGAUCAUCAAAUGCCGAGCAAAUGAAAAUACCACAAAGUUACUGCAGUACACCGGAGCCUUGUGACCCAUACAAGGUGUGUAGCUUUGACAACCGCUGCCAAUGCCCAUCCACUCUCGGCUCUCUUCCUAAUUGCAAACCACUGAUCAACUUAGCCUGUGAUAGCUCAAGGAGUUCAUUAGAGCUUUUAUAUGUUGGAGAUAGACUUGAUUAUUUUUCAAUUGGGUUUGCUACACCCCAUUUGAGUCUCAGUCUGAAUGAUUGCAAAGAAGCCUGCCUUAGCAAUUGCUCAUGCCUUGCUCUGUUCUACAAUAACAGUUCAGGCAGGUGCUUUUUGUUUGACCAGAUAGGAAGUUUACGACGUGCUGAACAAAAUGCUACUGCCUUCGUUGCGUUUAUCAAAAACUCUAUUGAUAGAGAAAAGGGAGGGAAAACCAAGCAUGUCCUAGUUAUAGUGACUGUGACUAUAGCUGUUGCUACUGUACUAGCUAUUGCUGGUCUCAUUUUUCUAGGAUUGCGAUUCUGCAAGACGAAUAAGAAAUUUCAGGAUUCGUCUGAAGAGGCCUUGGAAGAGGACAAUUUCCUUGAUAAUGUUUCUGGGAUGCCUGUACGUUUCAGUUAUAAUGAUCUUUGUAAUGCAACUAAAAACUUCUCUGUGAAGCUUGGCCAAGGCGGGUUUGGCUCGGUCUACCAAGGGGCGCUUCCAGAUGGGAUCCAAGUGGCUGUCAAGAAAUUGGAAAACAUUGGGCAGGGGAAGAAAGAGUUUAGAGCUGAAGUUAGCAUCAUAGGUAGUAUCCAUCAUAUCCAUCUGGUCAAGCUCAAAGGCUUCUGUUCUGAGGGGUCUCACCGGCUCCUUGUUUAUGAGUACAUGGGGAAAGGGUCUCUAGAUAGAUGGAUAUUCAGGAAUAACAAUUACAUUGGGUAUGGCGAGGAUCAUGUGUUGGAUUGGGAAACAAGAUUCAAUAUUGCAUUGGGCACAGCAAAAGGAUUGGCAUAUCUCCAUGAGGAGUGUGAUGCAAAGAUUGUCCACUGUGAUAUAAAACCUGAAAAUAUUCUCCUUGAUGAUAAUUUCCUGGCCAAAGUUUCAGAUUUUGGUUUAGCAAAGCUAAUGACACGGGAACAAAGUCAUGUAUUCACAGCAGUAAGGGGUACAAGGGGUUACCUUGCACCAGAGUGGAUCACAAACUAUGCCAUCUCGGAUAAGAGUGAUGUGUACAGCUUUGGUUUGGUCUUGCUUGAGAUCAUUGGGGGAAGGAAGAAUUACAACCCAGAGGAUACUUCAGAGAAAGCCCAUUUUCCCUCUUAUGCCUUCAAGAUGAUGCAAGAAGGAAAACUGACAGAAAUCCUUGAUUCGAAACUCAACAUCGAUGUAAACGAUGAAAGGGUUAUCAUUGCAAUGAAAGUUGCCAUAUGGUGUAUUCAGGAUGAUAUGUACUCGAGACCACCAAUGACUAGGGUGGUCCAAAUGCUUGAAGGCCUUUGUCCUAUACCUGAUCCCCCAACUUUCUCCAAGACGACUUCACGUCUUUAUUCAGGUUUCUUUAAAUCUAGCAGUGAAGAAAGCACUUCAGCAUUGACUAAUUGCAAUAGUGAUACAUUCGUGUCAGAUGUUCGGCUAUCAGGUCCAAGAUGAUAGAAGCAGAUGUUGAGGACAAAGAUGUACUUACAGGGUCUGAACUUCCAUUGGAUGAAAUGUAUCAUUCUUAGCCUCUCUUUACAUUUUUGAGCCAUAAAUAUUAAUUUUUGUGAUAUAUAGAUCAUGUAUUCUGGAUAUUUUAUAGGUGUAGCACCUUUGUAUAUUCAGUUGAUUGUGUUUAGAAUCAAAAGAUCAGCUUCAGUUGCCACUGAAAAAGAAACUGAAGCUUUUAAAGAUUUUAUUCUUCUUUUUGGGAUUUCUAAUGAGCUUAUGUUUACAUGGA